AGCGCGUAUGGGAACACACAAGGAGAAAUUGGACAAUAGCUCACCCGACUGAAAAUGGCCAGAAACACAUCUCUUUAUUUUCGAAUUGUCGAGGGCAGGAACCUCCCGGCAAAAGACGUCUCCGGAACCAGUGAUCCAUACUGCAUUGUAAAAGUUGACAAUGAAGUUGUGGCCAGGACUGCCACAGUGUGGAAGAACCUUAAUCCUUUCUGGGGUGAAGAGUACACGCUGCACCUUCCAAUGGGGUUUCAUUCACUCUCCUUUCAUGUCAUGGAUGAGGACACAAUUGGUCACGAUGAUGUUAUUGGAAAGAUAACUCUGAGCAAAGAAGCCAUUGGAUCUCAAACUAAAGGGCUGGAUAGCUGGCUCAAUCUGACAAGGGUUGAUCCUGAUGAAGAGGUCCAGGGGGAGAUCCACCUGAGUCUGGAGCUGCUGAAAGACACAGAGAGGAUCAGCCUGCGAUGUCAAGUCAUUGAAGCCAGAGACCUGGCUCCGAGAGACAUCUCCGGAACAUCGGAUCCAUUUACCAGAGUUAUUUUCAACAACCACAGUGCAGAGACUUCGAUUAUCAAGAAGACACGUUUCCCUCAUUGGGGAGAGACCCUGGAGCUGGAGUUGGAUCCAGAGGAGUUAAGUGAGGAGGGAACUGUCACUGUGGAGGUCUGGGAUUGGGACAUGGUGGGCAAGAAUGACUUUCUGGGCAAGGUGGAAAUCCCUUUUGCUUGUUUGCACAAGACACCUCUGUUAGAGGGCUGGUUUCGUUUGCUACCCUUGGGAAACAAUGAGGUUGACGCUGGUGGCAAGCUGGGAGCGUUGCGCCUGAAGGUGCGUUUGGUGGAGGAUCGAAUUUUGCCGUCUGUGUACUAUCAGCCCCUCAUAGACCUUUUGGUUGAGUCAGUCAUCUCCCCCACCGAGGUGGAGGAUAGCAGUGCUUUGACAAUGCUGGAGGAGGUGACCACGGUUGAGAGCCGACAGGAUGUGGCAAUGACCCUGGUGAAGAUCUACCUGGGCCAGGGCCUGGUGGUGCCAUUUCUGGAUUACCUUAACACCCGGGAGGUCAACCACACCACUGAUCCAAACACUUUAUUUCGCUCCAACUCACUUGCCUCCAAAGCCAUGGAACAGUUUAUGAAGGCUGUUGGCAUGCUGUAUCUGCAUGAGGUGCUGAAGCCCAUCAUCAACCGAAUCUUUGAUGAGAAGAAAUACAUUGAACUGGAUCCAUGUAAGAUUGACCUGAACCGCACAAGGCGGAUUUCAUUUAAGGGUGGAGUGUCAGAGGCGGAGGUGCGGGACAGCAGUGUAGAGAUGCUGCAGAGCUACCUAACCAGCAUCAUUGAAUCAAUCGUGGGCUCAGUCGAUCAGUGUCCUCCCGUCAUGAGAGUGGCCUUUAAACAGCUGCACAAGAGAGUAGAGGAGCAAUUUUCUGAACCUGAGAAUGAGGAUGUGAAGUAUCUGGCCAUCAGUGGAUUCUUUUUCCUACGUUUUUUUGCUCCUGCCAUCCUCACGCCCAAACUGUUCCAGCUGAGGGACCAGCAUGCUGACACGCGCACAAGCAGAACACUGUUACUACUGGCCAAGGCAUUGCAAAGUGUCGGGAACUUGGGUCUUCAGCUGGGUCAUGGGAAGGAGCAGUGGAUGGCACCUCUCCAUCCCAUCAUCCUUCGCAGUGUGGCCUCUCUCAAAGACUUACUGGACAAGUUAAUCGACAUAGAUCACGACAUCGUGUCUGAGGUGCCACAGAGGGCUGUAUUCAUGCCCUCAGUUACUGUCAAAGAGGGGUACCUCCACAAACACAAGGCAGAAGGACCCCAACUGCUGUCCCGCUUUGCCUUUAAGAAGCGGUACUUCUGGUUGACUAGUGAGACCCUUUCCUACGCCAAAACUCCUGAUUGGCAGGUGCGCUCCUCCAUCCCUAUUCAGUGUGUGUGUGCGGUGGAGAGGGUGGAUGAAAAUGCCUUUCAGCAGCAGAAUGUAAUGCAGGUCAUCACCCAGGACAACGAUGGGCAGCUGCACACCAUGUACAUCCAGUGCAAGAACGUGAAUGAGCUGAACCAGUGGCUGUCAGCCAUCAGGAAAGUCAGCAUCUACAAUGAGCGCAUGCUGCCCUCUUUCCAUCCAGGGGCUCAUCGCAGUGGCAAGUGGACCUGCUGCCUGCAGGCGGACCGUGCUGUUACAGGCUGCAGUAGAACCCACUCCGCUGUGACUCUGGGGGAUUGGAGUGACCCCCUAGAUCCUGACGUAGAGACUCAGACCAUUUACAAGCAGCUGCUCCACGGCAGAGACAAACUCAGGAAAAAAUAUCUGGAGAUGCCAGACGCUGAUCAGACGCCCAGCAACAGAGAAAAUAUCAACUCCGACAUCCACCCAGAUGGUGCAGAAUGCAAUGUUCAGCUCCUGAAGCCAGGUCAGGGUGUCGCUGCUCGGCUGUUAGGGGUGAUAGAGGAUCUGGAACAGGCUCAUGACACCUUCCAGCGCAGAGAACAGGAGGAUGCCACCGGUGUCAUUCUGAAUCCCUAG